AUGGCCAGUGAGUUCUUGUACCCCGUCAGCUAUGGCGCACCGUAUGGUGGUAUUGUGGCUGCUGCAGGUCAUCAUAUCACCGAAGGCCGGUGGAUACAUGAUACGAGAUAUGGUCAAGAUAUCGCAAAGUAUUUGCUCGCUGGACCAGGCCAGUUCCCAAAACCAAUGAGAGACGAUGUCAACAAAGAUACCUCCGACUGGGCGCACGAGUACAGCUGA